AACAGUUCAAUUCUGUUGGGGUCUCUCUCUCUAAUUGCUUUCUCUCUCAGAUCUUCGUAUUUUUGGCCCCCUAUAUCUUCUCUCUCCAUCUUUGUUUCUCUCUCCUGACAGAGCUUCGAAGCAUUCUUCACUGCAACUAAUGGAGAUGGCAAUGGAGGACUCUCGGUCGCAUGCCGUUCUCUCCACUGUUCAUCAGGUACUCGCUGUUGCGGAUCAAAUAGCUCGACCGUUUACCAUAAAGCCUAUACAGUGUACGCAACGAAGUUGUAAAUUUAGGGUUUGUUAGAUUUAUUACUAGCAUUUUUAAUAUCGUUUCUUGCGAUCGUAUUUUCACAAAUUGAACUUGCUCAACGACUUUAGGGUUCUCAAAAAUUCACGCUUCUCACUGUUAAUCUCGUGUCAGAAUUUGGUAAUUUGAUGUUUUUGUUGUGAAUGGAGCUCUAAUAUUUGAAAAUUUUAGGAGUUUACGGAGUGUCGUUUGUGAAAUUUGAGAUUUCUAGGGUUUCAUAUGUUGGUGGAAAUUCUGAAUUUAUGUUCUAGGGUUUGAAACUUUGAAUGGCGGGAAGGGGAGAAUUGGGGUUUCUGAAGACUGGUGGUGCUUGUAGUUUACGAGAACAAUUAGCAAGAACUACUCUCCGAAAUGUCAGAUCGCGGGGGCAUACAUACGUUGAGCUUAGGGAAGAUGGGAAGAGAUUCAUCUUUUUCUGUACUUUGUGUAUGGCCCCGUGUUAUAGUGAUUCUGUGUUGUUUGAUCAUUUGAAGGGCAAUCUACACGCUGAAAGGUAUGCUGCUGCUAAAGCUACUUUGUUAAAACCAAAUCCUUGGCCGUUUAAUGAUGGGGUACUUUUCUUUUACAAUUCGUCUGAACAAGAUGAUAACUUGCCUAUUUCAAAUGGUAAUCAAAUUAGCUUGUUGGACACUCACAGUGAUGAUGACAAUGAUCUUGCUAUUGUUGCUCAUGGUGAGAAGUCCAGUAACACUGGUGAUGGCCGUGGCAGGCAUAAUGAGUUUGGUUGUAUUAGUAACUUAUACUCCAUAGGAAAUGAUGCAGGCUGUGAUAAGUACUUGAAUGGAAAUCGGAGCAAUUGGGAUUUGGUUAUUCCUGGUGUUAUGUUGAAGGAUGAAAUAUUGGAUUUAGAAGUGGGAUUAAUGGGUGUUGGGAAAAUUGCUGCUAGAUUCCUUCAGAACGAAGAGUUUUCAAGUGACAUUACUAGAAUAUGGUGUGAAUGGCUGGGGAAGGAAGACUUUGGUGAUGAGGAUGCCCUUACGGUUCAAGAGCAUGAUUUUGCUGUCGUGAUUUUCACUUAUAAUUACGAUUUAGGUAGAAGGGGAUUCUUUGAUGACGUGAAGUAUUUGCUAUCUUCUAGUCCUCUGGCUGAAAUUGAUCAUAUUGAAGGCGGUAGAAAGAAAAGAAGGAAAUCGUUUUCUGAUCCAGAGGAUAUUAGUCAGUCUUUGAGUAAUCAAUAUGAGUCUUCUGGGGAAGAUUCUCAAUCUUCAAACAGUUCCAAUUCAAGAUCACUGUUAGACGGAUAUGAUGAUCAGCUUUUACACUCAAGAAUUGUAUCAAGCAAGGCCAUAAGGCGAGAGUUGAGGCGACAACAACAGAUAGCCGCAGAAAGAAUGUGUGAUCUCUGUCAACACAAAAUGCUUCCGGGUAAAGAUGUAGCAGCACUUCUGAACACAAAGACAGGAAGACUUGCUUGCAGCAGUAGAAAUGUGAAUGGGGCAUUUCAUCUGUUCCAUAUUUCCUGCCUUAUACACUGGAUACUUCUCUGCGAGUACGAAAUAUUGGCAAAGCCUUCAGAUGGUCCCGAAGUGAAGAGGAGAUCUAGGAGAAAAAGCGGAACCAAGUUCAAGGAAGUAAGAAAGGAGAAUGAGAUUGGAACUGUAAGAAAGCAAAUUUAUUCUGUGUUCUGCCCAGAGUGUCAGGGAACUGGUAUAAACGUCAAGGGAGAUGAACUGGAAAAACCGACUUUCCCUCUUUCCGAGAUAUUCAAAUAUAAAAUAAAAAUGAGUGAUGCACAUAGACAAUGGAUGAGAACUCCUGAAGUACUACCGAAUUGCUCAACGGGAUUUCAUUUUCCUUCCAGUUCCAAAGAAACACUUCAGGAAAAGGUGUUGCCACUGAAGCUGCUACGUUUCUAUCACGCUCGUGAAUAGAGCUGGACUCAGAGUUCAUCAGCUUCACAGCAAGUAAUGUUCUUCCUGUUAAUGGCAGUUAGAUCUUACCCCUAACAGACCCCUAAGUUGUUGCAAGCUUAGUAGUGAUUGUGAAAAUCACAAAUGGUAGUUUGAAUAGGAAUAGUUGUAUCAAGGUAGUUACCUUUGUGGAUAGAUUUCUCAUGAAACAGUGUAUAUUCCUGCUGUCUAACUGAGCUGCAUAUAUCAGUACAGACUGCAAAAAAAAAAAUUGUUCACAUUGUAAUUGUCUUGUUGGAUAAUGGUGGAUUUGAGUUCAAAUAUAUAGUAGAUUACAUUAUAUCUUUAACUUC